AUGCGAGCCGAACUGUCGGCGACGGAGAGGCCAACAGGACGACAAGCACUGGCCACUUGCAACCUUUUGUUACAGUGCGUUGACAGCAGUCAGAACUCCUCCCAAAAUGCUUGGGCUGAGGUGGGGGCCGUCGACUUUGUGGCCGGUGCUUUGAGGGAUUUUCCCGACGAAGACACUCUCGAGGUAACCUGUACUUCGGCCAUGGCCAGUUUGAUCCUUUUCAACCGAGUUAACGGCGUCAGGGCGGGCAAGCUCGGUGCACUGAAUGCAAGUUUGGCCUUCUACGGCAGCCACCUUGAUAACCCGGAUAUUGUCAGCUCCAUGGGAUAUAUCGGAACAUACUUUGAUUUCUGCAUGGAGAACCGGCUCAUCGCCCGAGAGUUGGGAGCAAUCGAGAUGUUCAUCCAGAACAUCCGCAACAACUUCCAUGGCCCAUACAGCGAAUGGGCCUAUGAACUUGUGAAGCAGUCUCUUUAUGCCAUGUCCUCAGGUACUUGGAAUAAUGCAGACAUUGCUUACCAGCAAGGCUUCAUUCCGCUGGCUGUGAGUCUUAUGGCCGAACAUGGCAGUGAUGCAAAGAUUGCUGAAGAGUCCCUCCAGGCGCUGAAGGCCAUGGUCUACGCAUCAGAUUUCCUGCGCAGCCGCUUGUCCGACCAGGGCCUUUUUGAGGCUUUGGUUGGAGUGCUCCGUACCCGGGCCACGGAUAAAGCUGCAGUAAGCCUGGUUUGUGAAAGUACGAUGCAUGUGAUCGGCUCAACUGUGAUGCUGGACACGAGCUCCACACCGAGAGCCAUCCCUUUCAAUGCAAGCAUCCAGCAACGAGCUGCUGAAGUGAUGCUGGAGGACGUCUUGGCAGCUGCCAUGUCGGAAGUUGAGCUCGAGGACUUCGAGCAUGAGGGAUUCAGCUUGGACCUUGAUGCGAUGUAUCCUAUGAGAGCGAACUGCUACCACGCCUUGCGUGUUCUGGCCAAGAACAAUCCUGCAAAUCGGAAAGCCAUGAACGAGGCGGGCCUGAGCAGAGCCAUUCGGAGGGCUUGGGAGGGCUUGGAUUCCCGAGCGCGAGACGAAGCUUGUCAGCUACUCAUGGAGUUGGGGAAGCUCACGGAGGCGUUUCGAUCAAGGUGUGUAUGA